AUGGCGUCAAAAGAUGAAAGUUCAAAGACGCAGCGCACAAUCUCUCCACAGGCGGACCAUACGAGCCCGAAGAAGAGGCGCAAAGUGAAUCACGCAUGCAUCUAUUGUAGGCGCUCGCAUAUGACCUGCGAUCUGGAUCGACCAUGUGCCAGAUGCGUGAAACGGAGCAUUGGCCAUUUGUGUCACGAUGAACAACGAGACUCUGGGAAGGGGAUGAAGAAUGAUCAAGCCAACACCACGUCAAAUAGCGGAGCUGCUGUCAAGCAGGAAAAUUCUCUGCCGUACAUGCUAAGUCCUUCUGUUGACCAGCAGCAACUGGGUCACCAGGCGCUGCACGACUCCGGCGCGAAUGUAAUCACAAGGACAGCAGCACCGGAUAGUCAGGCAGACAAUCCGCAAUUCUUGCCGCAGUCGUCAGAUCCUAUUUCUCAAGGCCAGGGCCAGGUCUUCGGAGACAAGAAUCAGCAAUUUCCUGGCUACGGCGAUUGGAGUCUCGGAAAUCAAAAUCAGUUUUCGGAUAUGCAUAGCUUUCACCCAUCCUAUAUGUUCAAUGCACCUGACAUCACCAACGAGUAUAACCUUCUCAACGAGUUUCUAAGCAGUAGCUUACUUGAUGAUCCAACCGUCUUCCCGAACGACGAGAUUCAAGCGCUCAGUUCAGACACAUCAUUGAGCAAUACUCUAGCGGCCAGUCUCAAUGGUGGUAGCGGUCAAAGUUUGUUGAACUCACAGCAGACCCAGGCCUCUGGCCUAAUCCAGGGCCCUCUAGGACUAGAAACUGGCAUAUCGCGCCCAAAAAGUGUCAAACCCACCGACAAAGAGGAGGAGAAAUACUACAUGACCGUAGCCGAUCCCUCUGGUAAUGAUACUCCUGAGGAACGCAUGAACAAAGUCUUCAUGGCCAAGUACAAUGCCGGCAUGCUUAGGCCUUUCAACUACAUUCAAGGCUAUGCACGCUUGCAUCGCUACAUGGAUCAGAAUAUGCAGCCAGCAUCUCGUCAGCGAAUCCUGCGCCAACUGGACAAGUUCAGACCCAAAUUUCGCGAGCGCAUGCAGUCUCUGACGGAUAUGGAAUUGACGUUCGUAGAGAUGUGGUUUGAAAGGAGCUUGAUGGAAUAUGACCGGGUGUUUGCAAGUAUGGCAAUACCCGCCUGUUGUUGGAGACGAACGGGUGAGAUUUUCCGAGGCAAUAAGGAAAUGGCGGAGCUUAUACACGUUCCGAUCGAGAAGCUUAGGGAUGGCAAGCUAGCUCUUCAUGAGAUAAUUGUGGAGAAAGACCUAGUCAGCUACUGGGACAAAUUUCUCGCCAUCGCUUUCGACAAUUCGCAAAAAGCUAUGUUGACAACUUGUUCCUUAAAGAACCCAGACCUUAAGGCCUCUGAUCCCGAAAUAAAGUGCUGCUUCUCUUUCACGAUCCGCCGAGACAAUCAUAAUAUUCCUUCUCUGAUAGUGGGCAACUUUCUCCCUCAGGGCCCGAGGAAGACAUAA